UCGUCUCCUUCGUCGGUCAUAACUGACACCCCUCCCUCGCUUCCUCUUUCCAUCUUGUCUUUCUUCCUCUUCUCAUCCUUGUUCUUGGAAGAGAGAAGAUCGACAACCAGAGAGAGAGAGAGAGAGAAUGGAGAAUCUGUUGGGGCUGCUCAAGGUGAAGGUAUUGAGGGGUGUUAACUUGGCCUACCGUGACGCCACGGGCAGCGACCCCUACGUCGUCAUCCGCAUGGGCCAUCAGAAACUGAAGACGAGCGUUAAGAAGCACAAUGUCAAUCCAGUUUGGAAUGAAGACCUGACUCUUUCUGUCUCAGAACCCAUUCAACCAAUUACGAUUAAGGUUUACGACAAGGACACGUUCACCCCCGACGACAAGAUGGGCGACGCCGAGAUCGAUAUCCAGGCGUUUGUGGAGGCAGUGAAGAUGAACCUGUCCGACCUCCCCGAUGGCACCAUCAUCACCAACGUGAAGCCCAACAGGAAGAACUGCUUUGCUGAUGAGAGUCCCAUUGCCUGGAAAGAUGGCAGGGUUGUGCAGGACGUCAUCCUCAGGCUCAGAAAUGUGGAGAGUGGCGAGUUGGAGCUGCAGUUGCUCUGGACCUCCAUCCCCGGUGCUCCUGGCUUUUAGAUAUGUUAAUAAUAAAAGGACGGUCGGACCGUGCUGUCCUGCUACAGUGGCAAGCCGCCACGUUUCAGAUAGCUUUUCUUUAUA